AGCGACUGCGGUGACGUCUAGACUGUGGUCGCCAUCAUCAACUUCAUACGCACGGAAGAUUGGAAUUAGAUUUUACAAAAAACAAACAAGUGGCCUUUCCAGGAGAUUACGCUUCAAAAUUACUCGUCUUGUCCUUGUUCCGGAAGUGCAGUUGGAUAAGAAACGGGAUUAGGGACUGGCUGGGGUACACCUGUGAGACUGUGAGAUGGCGUCUGCCGUUGAAGGCAGCGUGGACUCAAAAGCAGAGCUCACAGCACUGCUGGAGCAAUGGGAUGGAGAACAACAAGGCAGCACUCAGGCCCUGGUCAACAUAUUGACCAAAAUUUCAGAACUUGUGGAGAGAGAGACCGAGGAGUACCACAAGGCUGAUCCUGACCCAUUUGAUGACCGCCAUCCAGGUCGGGCUAACCCAGAAUGCAUGCUGGGACACCUGUUAAAGAUCCUAUUUAAGAACGAUGACUUUAUGAAUGCGUUGGUGAAUUCGUAUGUCAUGACAAGCAGAGAGGUCCCACUGAACACUGCAGCUUGUCGACUGUUGCUAAACAUCAUGCCUGGCCUGGAGACUGCAGUGGUCUUUCAAGAAAAGGAGGGGAUUGUAGAGCGGUUGUUUAAAUGGGCCCGGGAAGCCGAGGAGCCCCUGAGAAUCUACGCUACAGGUUUGCUUGCAGGAGCUAUGGAGAACCAGGACAUUGCUGCCAACUACCGUGAGGAGAACUCCGUUCUGGUCCCCUUAAUGCUGCAGAGGCUCAGGGAGCUUCAGGAGAAAGAGGCAGAAAGCAGAAAGGAUUUCAAGCGGCCCAUUCUACGCAAGAGCAUGGAACCACUGCUUCCUCUGGAUGAGGAAGCAGUAGAUGGCAAGUUUUCGCCAAGCUCUUCACAUCUUCCCUCAGAAAACAAUAGCUUUGGACAUGACUCGGACGAGGAAGUCUCUCCUGAACCCAGUAUAACUCCGAAAAGCAGCAGCCGUAUCCAGUCUGGUGUAAAAGGAGUGAUGAAAUUGGCUGUGCCACACCCGUCCGAGUUGGAUACCUCUGGUGAGGGAGCAAGAGAUUGUAGGAAGAGAAUGGAGCGAGAGAAUGGUCGGAAGGCCAAACAGAAGCUAAACUUUACAUUGCCGGAUCCAGAACGGAGUUUCAGUGAGUUGUCCAACAGCAGCUGGUCAGAGAUGAGCCCGUGGGUGAUUGGGAACAACUACCAUUUGUAUCCUCUUACACCUGGCAUCGAGCAGCGUCUCAUUCUUCAGUACCUCACACCACUGGGAGAGUACCAGGAGCUGUUGGCAGUGUUCAUGCAACUUGGUGCUCGAGAGCUCCUCAUGCAUUACAUGGAUCUAAAACAGACUAACGAUGCCCAGUUAACUUUUGAGGCUCUCAAGUAUCUGGCCUCUCUUUUGCUGCAUAAAAAGUUUGCAGCAGAAUUCGUGGCUCAUGGUGGAGUACAAAAGCUUUUGGAAAUCCCACGGCCAUCCAUGGCAGCCACAGGAGUCUCUCUGUGUCUCUAUUACCUUGCCUACAAUCAGGAUGCUAUGGAAAGGGUGUGUAUGCUACCCCACUCUCUCUUAGCAGAGGUUGUGAGUUACACUCUGUGGCUCUUGGAGUGUUCUCAUGCCUCUGGCUGUUGUCAUGCCACCAUGUUCUUCUCCAUUUGCUUCUCAUUCCGAGCUGUGCUCGAGCUCUUUGACAAUCAGGAUGGCCUGAGACGACUUGUUAACCUGAUAAGUACUCUGGAGAUCUUGAAUCCAGAGGACCAGGGGGCACUGCUGAGCGAUGAUGAGAUUUUUUCCAGCAGGCAGACAGCCAAACACACGUGCAUGGCUCUGCGUCGGUACUUUGAAGCCCACCUGGCUAUUAAAGUGGAACAAGUGAAGCAGAGUCUCCAGCGAACAGAGGGAGGAGCACCCAUCCAUCCCCAGCCUUAUUACAAGCCUUGCUCCUACACUCAUGAUCAGGUGGUUGAAAUGGUAGAGUUCCUCAUUGAGCAUGGGCCAGCGCGUCUGUACUGGGAGCCGGCUGAGGUCUUUCACAAACUGUCCUGUGUGCAGCUCCUACUGCAGCUUAUAUCUAUUGCCUGUGACUGGAGGACAUACUAUGGAAGGAGUGACACAGUACGGUAUGCGCUGGACAUCCUUAGCAUUCUGACUGUUAUCCCCAAAACGCAGCUCCUGUUGGCGGAAAACGUUGCUGUGCUGGAUGAAGGCGGGUCUACCAUCUCCACAGUAGGCAUGAGCAUCGUCCUUGUGGUAGCUGAGGGUGAGGUGUUUGUGAAUGAUGCAGAGAUCCAGAAGUCUGCUCUGCAGGUGGUGAUUAACUGCGUGUGCGCUCCUGACAAGCGUAUCUCCAGCAUUGGAAAAUUCAUCUCGGGAGCACCACGACGCCGUCUCCCCCAGAGCCACCGCACCAGCGAAAGUGUCCUGGCCAAAAUGUGGAACGUGGUUCAGUCCAAUAAUGGCAUCAAGGUCUUGCUCUCCCUGCUGACAAUCAAAAUGCCCAUAACCGAUGCUGACCAAAUCCGUGCAUUAGCGUGCAAAGCGUUAGUGGGUUUGGCGCGAAGCACCACAGUGCGGCAGAUUAUCGGCAAGUUACCACUUUUCAGCAGUGGGCAGAUCCAGCAGUUAAUGAAAGAGCCCGUGCUUCAGGACAAACGCAAUGAUCAUGUACGCUUUUGCAAAUACGCUGCCGAACUAAUAGAGCAAGUAUCUGGAAAGCCUUUGCUAAUUGGCACAGAUGUUUCACUAGCACGGUUGCAGCGUGCCAAUGUUGUGGCGCAGACGCGCAUCAUGUUCCCAGAGAAGGAGUUGCUUCUACUCAUUCGGAAUCAUCUGUUGUCAAAAGGUCUCGCUGAUACAGCUGCAGCACUAACCAAAGAGGCUGACCUGCCUAUGGCCAUCCAUUCUCAUUCUCACACUCAUGCCAGCAUAGCACCAUUUUCACAACCUGUGUCCACACCCCCCACCCCAACUGCUAUCCCACGGACUCCUCGCCUCGCCAAUGGUGUGGCAGCACGACUAGGAGCCCAUACCUCUCCAUCUCUCCACCUCCAGCCUCGGCCGUCUACCUCACAGCCCCCACCCCAGGCCCCUGCCGCAUCAUCUCACCACAGCAAUAGCUCUCCUCUUCUUGGCCGAAUCGUAUUCUCGAGGGAGAGGCCGUCAAACUAUGCUGCAGGAUUGAAGAAACCACGUGUUUUAAGGCAGAAAUCAGACCAUGGUGCAUUUAGCCAAAGUCCGGCUAUGAAGAAACAGUUGGACCGCCAUCUUCCUUCACCUCCAGCUCUUGAUAGUAUUAUAACAGAGUACCUGCGUGAGCAGCAUGCCCGUUGUAAGAACCCAGUCACCACAUGCCCCCCGUUCAGUCUCUUCAUGCCACACCAGUGUCCAGAGCCAAAGCAGAGGUGCCAGGCGCCCACAAACUUUACUGCACGUCACACACGCCGGGUCGCCUAUCCAAAAUAUGGAGGGGUGGAUGGAGGCUGCUUCGACAGGCAUCUCAUCUUCAGCAGGUUCAGGCCGAUCUCAGUGUUUAGGGAAGCCGAGGAGGAUGAGAGUGGCUUCAUGUGUUGUGCCUUCUCAGCACGGGAGCGUUUCCUCAUGUUGGGAACGUGCACUGGGCAGCUCAAACUCUACAACGUGUUCAGUGGUCAAGAAGAAGCCAGCUACAGCUGCCAUAAUUCACCCAUCACGCACCUUGAGCCAUCCAGGGAUGGGUCAUUACUGUUAACGUCUGCUUCAUGGAGUUAUCCUCUUUCUGCACUCUGGGGAAUGAAAUCUGUGUUUAUAAUGAAGCAUUCCUUUUUAGAUGAUCAUUACGUGGAAUUCAGUAAGCUCUCCCAGGACAGAGUAAUAGGAACAAAGGAACACAUUGCCCAUAUUUAUGACAUUCAAACUGGACAAAAGACCCUGACCUUGAACAACCCUGACUUGGCCAACAAUUACAAGCGAAACUGUGCUACCUUUAACCCUACUGAUGACCUUGUGUUAAAUGAUGGGGUUUUGUGGGAUGUGCGUUCAGCACAGGCGAUCCACAAGUUUGAUAAAUUUAACAUGAAUAUAAGCGGUGUUUUUCACCCCAACAGCCUUGAGGUCAUCGUCAACACAGAGAUAUGGGACUUAAGGACUUUCCAUUUGCUGCACACUGUACCAGCGCUGGAUCAGUGCAGAAUAGUGUUCAAUAAUAAUGGAACAGUCAUUUAUGGAGCCAUGCUUCAGGCUGAUGAAGAAGAUGAAAUGAUGGAUCAGCAGAUGAAAAGUCCCUUUGGUUCCUCCUUCAGAACGUUUGAUGCUACUGACUACAAACCUAUAGCUACCAUUGAUGUAAAGCGGAACAUUUUCGACCUGUGCACUGAUACAAAAGACUGUUACCUGGCAGUCAUUGAAAAUCAAGAUUCUAUAAAUAUGGACACAGUGUGUCGACUUUAUGAAGUUGGACGACAGAGGCUGGCUGAGGAAGAAGAGGAUGAGGAGGAUCAGGAGGAUGAAGAUCAGGAAGACGAGGAUGACGACGACUCGGAUGAUGACAUGGACGAUAUCGACACAGACCCUCUGGUGGCUGAGCUGGAGAAUGAAAAUAAUGGAGAAGAGGAGGAGGAAGAUGGUGAGCAGGAUUUUUCCCCAUCUGAUGAUGAAGAGGUGGCCCGUCUCCUGGAGGAGGAAGGUGACGAUGAUGAUGACGACGAAGACGACGAUGAUGACGACGAUGAUGAUGACGAAGAGGAUGAUGAUGAGGAUGAUUCUGAUGACAAUGAGGGCGAUGUAGAGCUAGUGAUGGAUAAUACAGAUAGUUCCGAUAACUCUGACCUAGAAGAUGACAUCAUCCUGUCCUUAAAUGAGUGAGCUAUAGAGGGUGCUGAGGAAACAGAAAGCACAAUCUCAUUCAUACCUUGGAGGUGAACACCACUGAGGGAGAAAAGAUAAAAAAAAAAAACCUUAAAUAUGUUGACAAGGCAGCACUUGUCUGGUUAAAUCAAGGACUUGUACUGAGGAGGGUGUCAUUGUGUACAAAACUGAAGGGCUCUUUAAAAAGGCUGAUCUUACUAGAAUUGGAUGAUAAAGGAGCAGUUUGUUUCAGAGUUGCUUGAUGAAUCAAGUGUGUUAGUUUAUUAAAAAAAUAAAAAAUUUAAACAAAUUUAAUUUUCAUGGAAAAAAGCUGUUUCUAAAGUCCCCAUUUUUUGAAAGUAUCCCUUUUUUAAGUGAGCAAAAAAAGGAAAAAAAAAAGUUUCAGUGAUGUGUAUUAAAUAUUUGACACUUUUAAUGGGAUUGACCCUGGAAAAGAGCUGGUUUGUUUGAUAAAAUGUAUUGAGAUUCCACUUAAUCCUUACUGGGUUUCUUAGUGGAUGGUGUGUGUGUGUGUGUGUGUGUGUGUGUGUGUGUGCGCGUGCGCGUGUUAAUUUGAUGCAAAUUUUAUUUGCUUAACUUCAACUUAAACAUUUACUUUUUUUUUGGCAGGCAUAUUACUCCUAUUAUAUUUUUCAGAAUCACCCACAGAUACAAAUGCCUUUCUGGUAGUCUUCAUUAUUGUUUUUAUUCAAGUUUGCUUAGACUACAGAACAUAAAAAAAGACCUUUUUAUUAGUUAUGUCUUCCUUUUCGCAUACUUCGGUAUGGGUGCAAUUUGAAACGUCAGUGAGGACUGAAUUGUAAUGAAGCAAGUGCCAUUUUUCAUCAGUGGUCCUGUACCAGCAUUUCAUUGCAUUGUUUCUUUUGGACAUAAUUUUUGCAAUUUCAUUUUAGGCGAUAUCUUCAUAAAUGUAAAAAUCCAUUGUACAGUAUUAAAGUAUUUUUACUAUAAACAAAAUUAAAAUGACCCAAGUUUUGUGAUAA